AUGCCGUCCAACGGUUCAGCCUACUCGGCUACCCUCAGCCCAACCACGACUGCCGUGACACCGACAGCCGAUGGCUUCCCGCCACACGUUCUAUCCUCGUCGAUAUCAUCCAUGGCCUCGGCCCGCACAUCCAAGCGCACUUCGCCCAUCACCAAGACCUAUCACCAAGCCUCUACCCUCUUCCUGACGCGUCGCUUGCCCGAGGCCCUUACCACCUUGCUACCCCUCAUCACAACGCCCCAGCCCGCCGACCAGAAUGGCGCAAACGGUUCCAUGGAGCUGGCACCCGUCGCCAGGGCACCUAGGAAUACGAGAAUCAAGGUCUGGAGCCUGUACCUGACCAUCCUGAAUGCCGUGCUCGAGCUAGACCCGGAUGAGGGCAAGGACAUGUUUGGCACUCAAGAGUGGAGAGCACUGUGCAACAAGGUGCGCGACGGCCUUGUCUGGGAGGAGGUGGUCCGGAACGGCUACCACGGCGUCGAGGGCGACGUUGACUCGGAUGUUGUCAUCAAUCUUGCCACGCUUCUUCUCGCCCACGCCCGCACACAGGGCCUCAACCAGAAGAGGCUCGAGAGCUAUCUCGCCACCUGUAACUCGCCGAACCUAGAUCUUACCCAGCGCCUGAACAGCGGAUCCCGGCCCUCCUACAGAUAUAUGUCUCCCGCUCGGGGUGCCGUCAGUGGCGCCGAUACCCCGCGCGACCUCAACGCCCGCGUCAAGAUCCUCGAGCUCUACACCCUCCACGUCCUUCUUCGCAACAACGAAUGGGAGUACGCCCGCGAGUUUAUCAGCGUAAGCUCUGUCCUCGACGAGGAGCGCCGGGAAGCCUUCCUCCAAGCCCUCCAGAGCCUGCAGGAGGAGCAGCAGGAGGCCGAUCGCCUCGAGCGCGAGGAGCGAGAACGCCAGCAGGAAGAGCUGAAACGUGAUAUCGAAGAAGCGAGGAGAUUGCGUGCUGAGAACGAAAAGAUGGAGCAACGGAGGCUGCAGGAGGAAAAGGAGCGAAAGGCUGCGAGUGCCGCGAGCGAAGCGGCGAAGCAGCCAAAAGGGCUCGCUAUCCAGCGCCAACAAGGGCCCCCGCGGCCCCGGCUCUCGACGGCGCCGCUCACUCUCGGUGACCGGGCCAACCUCAUGAUGCAGAGACUCCAAGGUGUCAUCGAGCAUCUUAGCUCCACAUUCUCCACCAACCCCGUCUUCCUCAUGAGGCUCAUGGCCUUUGUCCUCGGCAUCAUCUUUAUGUUUUCCAGCCGCGCCAUCCGGGAGAAGGUGCAGCGGAUAAUAAAUGGCGCCUGGGGCAAAGUGAGGCAGACCGCUGGUAUGGGCGUCAAGGUCAGCUACAUGUAA